AUGGGAUCUAAAGGGGGAGAUGAAGUUGAUAUAGGCAAUGCAUUUAAAGUCCUAGUUGAUACUGCCCAGAAGAUAAUGCAAUUCUUUGAAGAACAGGAGAUAAGAAUAUAUGGAAAACAUAAUAUUCAAGAUAGGAAGAAUAUGUGGAAUGAUAUCAAAGGAACCAUGAAUGGAGUAAAUUGGCCAAUUGUUUUAACGGGGUACUUUAACGGUAUCAUGUCCAUUGAAGAUAGAAUACAAGGUAAUCCAGUACAAGAAGUAGAAGUGAGAGAUUUUAAAAAAUUUGUAGGGGAUGCUGGUUUGACUGAAAUCAGAACAAUUGGGAGACAUUACACAUGGACAAAUAACAAUGUUCAUAAUAGAAUUGACAGAAUCCUAGUCAAUGCAGAAUGGAUACAGAAGUGGCCUCAAAUGGAGGGGAUCAUUAUGCAACCUAAGUUUUCAGAUCACUGCCCUUUGAAGAUAACUAUGAGUGAGAAUAUAGUACAGGAUAAGAGACCUUUUAAGUUUUUUAACUGCCUAGCUAAUCAUCAGAAGUUUGAGGAAAUAGUAAGUCAUUACGGGAGGAGGAAACAUAGUGGAAACAAGAUGCAAAAUGUAUGGUACAAGCUUAAAGCAAUGAAAGGUGAACUAAAGAAGCUAAACACUCAGGAAUAUUGUAGCGUGGGGAAUAAGAUACAAGAAACAAAAAAUAAACUGAUGAAGCUUCAACAGGAUAUGAAAUCUCUAGAAGAUGAUAGUGCAGUCAUAGAUGAAGAAAAGAAGACUAAAAUGGAGCUGGCUAAAUGGAUGGAAGUAGAGGAAAGCAUAAUGAAACAGAAGGCCAGAGUCAAAUGGUUAAAAGAGGGGGACUCUAACAACACAUACUUUCAUGCUUGUGUGAAAAAUAGACAUGCAAGGAAUCACAUAGGCAGACUUACAAAUAAUGAAGGGCACAUACUACAGAACACAAAGGAGGUUGGAGAGGAGAUUCUACAAUUUUAUAAAACAGUACUAGGUACAGCAGCCUCUGCUCUGCGAGUAGUGAAUCCAGAUGUUAUAAAGAGUGGGAUUAUGAUGUACAGGAACCAACAAAUGCUGCUACUAAAACCAGUCACAAAGGAAGAAGUGCAGACAGCUUUGAAGGGUAUAGAUGAUAGCAAGACACCAGGCUGUGAUGGAUACAAUGCCUAUUUUUCAAGAGGACAUGGAGCAUAA